AUGCCGCUGAUUGGAACGAUGCAACUUCAGUGUGCACUCCCGAAGGCUACCAUGAGCACUUCGCAGAUCCUCGUGCUCCUCGCCCUUGUGGUGACGGUGGCUCUGGCCACCGAGACCAAGAAGUCCGACAGCAAAGGGGCCGUCUCAAAGGAUGCCAAGAGCAAGCGCGGACUGGAACUGAGUCUGGGUCAUGGCGGCGGCUUUGGUGGUUUUGGCGGGCACGAUUUCGGUGGCUUCGGCGGUGGUGAUUUGGGCGGAGGAUUCGGCGGCGGUCUUGGCGGAGGCGGAGGCGGCGGCGACGGUGGACGAAUCUCCGGUAUCACGAUCCAUCGCGAGGUCUCGGUACCAGUUCCGGUGCCCUACACCGUCGAGAAAAACGUACCGGUACCUGUACACAUACCAGUGAAAGUUCCGGUAGACAACCCGAUACCGGUUCACGUACCAAAGCCUUAUCCGGUCCCGGUAGAGAAGACAGUAGGAGUUCCCGUGGAGAAACCGGUCCCCGUACCCUACAAAGUGCCCGUAAAGGUGCCCGUGAAGGUGCCUGUACCCUAUAGCGUACCUGUCAAAGUACCUUAUCCCGUGACCAAGGAGGUGCCCUACCCAGUCAAGGUUCCAGUCGUCGUUAAAGAAUCAUACCCGGUCCUGGUGCACGAGCAUGGUCACGGAGGCGGCUUUGGCGGAGGCGGCUUCGGAGGUGGAUUUGGUGGCGGCCAUGAACUCAGCUUCGACCUGCACCAUUGACGAUAGUCUGACGUCGAUCGAUAUUAAUGAUACUCUUGUAUAUAAUGAUUAUGUUUUUUUUACACUGUGCUGUCUUAGCCGAAUAAACAUUAAAUUAUUAACUUAGUGUUUUGUAAUAAACGUUACCUUAUCCUUUAUGUCUGUUAUUUCACGAGGGUAUUUGCUUAAAGUUGAGCUUUAUUCUACGGUCUAUUUUAUGCAAGUGAAAAUCAUUUCUUGUGAAUGUGUGUCAUGUUUAUUCUUAACUGCUUGCUUGUUUUAACUGCAUUGCGUAAUCGUAGCGACAAAAAA